GUAAAACCCCACAAAAAUGAAACUGAAGGAGAUGACAUCGCGACAUUCGACCUAAUACACCUUCACCAGCGUAAAUUUAGGAGCAACACCGCUGUUCUUGUAAACUACGAAACAUGUCUUCAUCUGUAUCUACUACAACGGGAGGUGUGGUGGUGGUCACCCAUGUGCACCCAACACCUCAGGAUGGUGAACCCCAGCGUCCUGUGGGCAUCCAGAAGUUUGUCAAAGGCCGACCAAUGAUUCUUGGGACAAUUCAGAUCAUCAUCGGCCUGAUGACUCUGCUGUUUGGGAUCGUUAUGGCGAUUAAUGCAGACACACUGGGAGUUUUCAGCGGCUUUUUCAUCUGGGGAGCUUUGAUUUACAUAGCAGCUGGAUCUCUGACAGUGGCUGCUGGGAAAUCUCUGAACCGCUGUCAGGUGAUCGCUGCUAUGGUUCUAAGUGUCAUUGCAGCAGUUGCUGCCUGUAUUGCGAUCCUCCUCUACUCUGUGGAUGCUGCAGUAGUUCUUGAUUUGCAAUGUGUUGACUGCAUCAGAUUUCUGACUCUGAGCAAGGGGGUUUCGGGGGUCUUGGCUGCUUUCCAUUUGUUGGCGCUCAUUGUUUCAAUCACCGUUGCAGCAUUUUGCUGCUGUGCUAUUUGUAACUCCAGUGAGCAGGAAUCAUCGUAUGUUCUUGUAACUACAAAUAAUUCCAUGACUUCACAGGCUCCACCCAGUGCACCUCUCUACACAGACAGCCACACCCAGAGGAAUCAAGAGACCCCACUCUGGCUCCGCCUCCAGCCUACACCACUGUCAUCAACUGAAGAGUCUGUCCAAACUGACCAUCCUGUAUCAAAAUGCUCUUUUAAUGUUGACUGGAACCUAAGUGCUGAACCCACACAUCCUGUGGGCAUCCAGAAGUUCAGCAAGGGCCGGCCGAUGGCGCUUGGGACAGUUCAGAUCAUGAUCGGCCUGAUGAUUCUGCUGUUGGGGAUCGUUAUGGCGAUUAAUGCAGACACACUGGGAGUUUUCAGCGGCUUUUUCGUCUGGGGAGCUUUGAUUUACAUCACAGCUGGAUCUCUGACAGUGGCUGCUGGGAAAUCUCUGAACCGCUGUCGGGUGAUCGCCGCUCUGGUUUUUAGUGUCAUUGCAGCAGUUGCUGGCUGUGCUGCGGUCAUCCUCUACUCUCUGGAUGCUGUUAUUUGGAUGCCAUGCUAUCACUAUAGCUAUGGUUCCAGGAGUUGCCACUCAUCACAGACUCUAAGCAAGGGGGUUUCGGGGGUCUUGGCUGUUUUCCAUUUGUUGGCGCUCAUUGUUUCAAUCACCGUCGCAGCAUUUUGCUGCAACGCCACUUGCAACUGCGGUGAACAGAACAUGUCUUCAUCUGUAUCAUCUACGACGGGAGGUGUGGUGGUGGUCACCCAUGUACACCCAACGCCUCAGAGUGCUGAACCCACACAUCCUGUGGGCAUCCAGAAGUUCAGCAAGGGCCGGCCGAUGGCGCUUGGGACAAUUCAGAUCAUCAUCGGCCUGAUGACUCUGCUGUUUGGGAUCGUUAUGGCGAUUAAUGCAAACACACUGGGAGUUUUCAGCGGCUUUUUCGUCUGGGGAGCUUUGAUUUACAUCGCAGCUGGAUCUCUGACAGUGGCUGCUGGGAAAUCUCUGAACCGCUGUCGGGUGAUCGCCGCUCUGGUUCUCUGUGUCAUAGCAGCAGUUGCUGCCUGUAUUGCGACCAUCCUCUACUCUCUGGAUGCUUCAGGGAUUCUUUAUUUCCCAUGCUAUGACUAUAACCAUGAUUAUUCCUGGCAUAAUUCCUGCUACACAUAUAAGAGUCGGACCCAUGGGUUUUCAGGGGUCUUUGUUGUUUUCCAUUUGUUGGCGCUCAUUGUUUCAAUCACCGUCGCAGCAUUUUGCUGCAGCGCUACUUGCAACUGUGGUGAACAGGCACCAUCGUAUGUUCUUGUAACUGCAGAUACUUCCGUGACUUCACAGGCUCCACCCAGUGCACCUCUCUACACAGACAGCCACACCCAGAGGAAUCAAGAGACCCCACUCUGGCUCCGCCUCCACCCUACACCGCUGUCGUCAACUGAAGAGUCUGUCCAAACUGACCAUCCUGUAUCAAAAUGCUCUUUUAACAUUGACUGAAACCUACUACAAGAACCUAAAAAUGCCAAACGACUGGAGGCAAAGAACAAGCAGGUGUUUUAUAAUAUUAUAUACCAUUCUUGUGUAUCCUGUUAUAACGGAUGGUAUAAUAUUACUCUUAUAUGUAGGCCCACUAUACUUUGCUGAUUUUGCUUUAAACACACCACUAUGAUCACUUGAGACAGUACUAAGUGCAACACUGGUCACAGGAACUGCAUGACACUGCUUGCCUUUUUAUUCUUUUUUUUUUAUCUGAUACACUUCAGGUUAUUUAUUUCCUACUUUUCACUUAAUUAGUUGUGUGUGCUUGAUCCUGUCUUUCUUGCAAUACCUACAUUUUCCCUCUGAGGAUUAUCUUACCUUAGUUGUAGCCUUAAGAGCCCCCAUUAUUGAAAAAGUAUACCUAAGUACAGUGUAUUCUAUCCACAUACUUUUGGCAAUAUAGCGUACCAAAUAUAAAGACAAGGACUGAUAAACAGAGCAAAGACAGUGCUGAAGACCAAUGAAGAGAUGUGGUGAAAGGAAGUCAGCUCCAGCAGCAGGUUUUCACUUCAUAUCACAUGUUUACCUGCUGCUCUCUACUGGUCGCUGGUCGAAGUUAAACAGUCUUUCUCAAAGUUAUCACUGAUUAAUCAAGUUGGGUGUUAAAAGCAAAUUAAAACUAAACUUCAGUUCCUUAACACAGUGGUUCAGUAGAGAGUGGGCUGCUGGCAUUUGAUAAUCAAGCUGUAGCGGUUGAAUGUCAAAUAUUUGACUAUUCCUCGUCAAUAAAUGUAAUCGUUUCUCACAAUGAAAUCCAGAACACAAGUAGUUGAUAAACUUUUCAACUUUGCAUUGGGUGAUUCAAGUAAACUGCAGUCUUCAACAUAAUCCUCAUCCUUAUCUAUAUUUUAUGUUUUGUUUAGUUUUUUUGUAAAAUCAUACCAUUGUCAGGUGAUGCUGUAGUUAUAAGCAGAGUUUUUCCACUGCUGAUGCUUUUAUAAAAAAAUUAGUGGGCUGCUAUUUUUCUAUUUUCUGCUAUUUCUGGAAUGUAAAAAGACAUCGACAAAUGGAUAAGUUAGAAAGAUCACAGUAAUUUUCUUCAGUUUUUUACACGAACGGUUUCUUACAAACAAAAUCUGUUUCUAAGAUGUAUCAGUUAAGUCAAAAGAAAUCAUGGCAACAAUUGAUGUAUAAAACAGAUUAAACAGAUUUCUGACUGGUA